AUGGUCCAGGCAGAGUCUUCGUCCAGUGCAAGGAAAGGUGCCAAAGCCGUCAGUGCUGGCGCCCCUACAAACUAUGAACUCCCUUGGGUUGAAAAGUAUCGGCCCGUCUUCCUCGACGAUGUGGUGGGAAACACCGAAACUAUUGAGCGGCUCAAGAUCAUUGCCAAAGAUGGAAACAUGCCCCAUGUGAUCAUAUCUGGGAUGCCGGGGAUUGGAAAGACAACCUCCGUGCUAUGCUUGGCUCGUCAAUUACUUGGAGAUUCGUACAAGGAGGCAGUCCUGGAAUUGAAUGCCAGUGAUGAGCGAGGUAUCGAUGUUGUCCGUAACCGGAUUAAAGGCUUCGCCCAGAAGAAGGUUACCUUACCCCAAGGCCGCCAUAAGCUCGUAAUCCUUGAUGAAGCGGACAGCAUGACUCCCGGUGCUCAGCAGGCUCUCCGACGAACCAUGGAAAUCUACUCAUCCACCACACGUUUUGCCUUCGCUUGCAACCAGUCGAAUAAGAUCAUUGAACCACUCCAGUCUCGCUGUGCGAUUCUCCGUUAUGCUCGCUUAACCGAUGCCCAGGUCGUCAAGCGGCUGAUGCAGAUAUGUGAAGCGGAGAAGGUGGAGCACUCCGAGGAUGGCAUCGCCGCCUUGGUUUUCAGCGCCGAGGGCGAUAUGCGACAAGCGAUCAACAAUCUGCAAAGUACCUGGUCUGGUUUUGGCUUCGUCAGCGGUGACAAUGUCUUCCGUGUCGUUGACAGUCCGCAUCCUGUGAAGGUUCAGGCUAUGAUCAAAGCCUGCUGGGAAGGCAAGGUGGAUGCCGCAUUGGAAACUUUGAACGAAUUAUGGACCUUGGGAUAUUCCUCCCACGAUAUUAUUAGCACCAUGUUCCGAGUGACCAAAACAAUUCCUACUCUUUCCGAGCACUCCAAGCUUGAAUUCAUUCGUGAAAUCGGAUUUACUCACAUGCGCAUCUUGGAUGGUGUCCAAUCCCUGCUCCAGCUGAGUGGCUGCGUCUCCAAGCUCUGCAAAAUCAACAUGAAUGCUGAGCUUUUUCAACCGCCGAAGGCCUGA